UUCAAUAACGUUCGUGCGCGCCACCGAAACGGUCGUGCCCGUUUUUAUUUACCGCGUUUUUCGUUUCCCUUUCGUUCUUUCCGUUUAUGAUUUAAGCCGCCACCAUGUCUAAAGGCGACGGUGAACAGCAAAACGGGUCGGGCGAGGAGUCCAAGACCAACCUGAUCAUAAACUACCUGCCGCAGAGCAUGACACAGGAGGAGAUACGGAGUUUAUUCUCGAGCAUCGGCGAGGUGGAAUCCUGCAAGCUGAUUAGGAACAAAGGAGCGGCAUUCCCUGACGCCUUGAAUCACGCACUUCACGGUGGCGGACAGAGCCUCGGAUACGCCUUUGUGAAUUACCACCGGCCUGAGGACGCGGAGAAGGCCAUCGCCACUCUAAACGGACUCCGUCUCCAGAACAAAACAAUCAAAGUGUCAUACGCCCGGCCGAGCAGCGAAGCUAUCAAAGGGGCGAACCUCUACGUCUCUGGAUUACCAAAGACCAUGACACAGACUGAACUCGAGCGGCUGUUUAGUCCGUACGGGAGGAUUAUCACUUCGCGGAUCCUGUGCGAGAAUUCAGGCGGGCGGCCUUUCACUGGCGGCGAGCAAGGUCUAUCCAAAGGCGUGGGUUUUAUCAGAUUCGACCAGCGAGUGGAAGCAGAGCGGGCGAUCCAGGAGUUGAACGGGACCGUGCCGAAGGGAGCAACAGAACCGAUCACAGUGAAGUUCGCCAAUAAUCCGAGCAACAAUGGAAAAGCGCUGGCACCGCUGGCGGCUUAUCUUCCUGCUGCGCUGCGCUUUCCGGCGCCUCUAGGACGAUUCAGUUCAGGCAAGUCUCUCUUAGCCAUCAAUAAAGGCUUGCAGCGUUACAGCCCUCUAGCCGGCGAACUGCUCGGCGGCGUGUUGCCCGGCGCCGUCGGCUCCGAAUGGUGUAUCUUUGUCUACAAUCUCGCUCCGGAGACAGAAGAGAAUGUUCUCUGGCAGUUGUUCGGCCCGUUUGGCGCCGUCCAGAGCGUAAAAGUCAUCAGAGAUCUCCAAACCAAUAAAUGCAAAGGCUAUGGUUUUAUUACGAUGACCAAUUACGACGAAGCGGUGGUUGCCAUUCAGUCACUGAAUGGCUACACGCUCGGGAACAGAGUGUUGCAAGUCAGCUUCAAGACCAACAAGAUCAAGACCAUCUAAGGGGAUCGACCCGGACUCGGCCUAGCUGGACGCUAGGACGGCACAGCAGGCGCGCACCCAUACAUACACACACAUACAUACUCGAGGCUCGGCCAAGGCUUCAGGCCUCGCCAACUGGACCUGACUGUCUGUCUUCCGGGCAUUUCUCGUGAAUCUUGCGCUCUUACAACAAUUGAAGUGCGCAAGAUUCGCGUUUUGUACAUUUUGUAAACUAGCGACUGUUUUUGACUUUUGACCCGCUCAUUGUACUCUUUGUUCGACGCCGGUCUAUUUAUAUAUAAUCGAGAAAUUGGGUUAAGUGUUUGAGGAAAUCAAAAUGGCGGAAUUAAAUGCCCGAGAGUUUUGCGCGUGCGCGAAUAAGAUGGCCGGCGUUGAAUGAAGCUGAGAGCACGCAAUAAUGUAGACGACGGCAUCUAAUGCUAUGGUGUAACACCCAUCACCGAAACAUAUUGGUAGUCAAUAACAAAAUAAUGAUAUUAAACUUCGCUUAUGAACGGUUGUGGUUAUCGAGAAAUAGUUUUCGGAUAUAAUAAAUAAUAUUAGCAAUAAUAACAUAAUGCUAUGCUCCAAUUUUAUAUGCGACCAUAUCGUGUUAGGUACAUUAAAGUACAGUUAUACUCGCGGUUAGGGCCGCUCGCAUUCAGAUCAAUAAACAAUUGCCAAAUAUAAGAAGUUCGGACAUUUUGACCAUCGCCGCGCACAACACGGCGCAACCGAAGUCAAAUAGUGUUAUAUUGUUAAAGAUUCGGAGAAAAUAUAUAUUAUCUAUACGUAUAUUUUAAUCAUAUAUUUAAAACUAAUUAAGGAUGAAAACUAAUCAAAAACUGUGAUAGGUUUUGAUAAAAUUUUAGCAAAAAAAAAUAAAUAAAUAAAAAAUCGAAAAGAUCUGUGGAAUGGGAAGGGUUUAGGCCCGCCCGGUAGGUAGGUUAGUUUUUGAGAUAAAUUUUGGAGAUUAGACACAGAAACUCGGGUUACGCUUAUAGGUGUCACGGGAAAUCACGGAUUUAACACUGGCCGCGUAGAUACGUGGGAAAUCGAUGGAGCUCAGGCUGAGUGCCUGGGCGGGGAAUGGGGGGCAUGUGGGGGGAGGGGGGGUAGCGAGGCAGGAGCGGCGUCAGGGCGGCUGGCCGCCCGCGAGCGAGACAGCACGAUGCCAGGCUGAAACCAAGAGAAGGACGGAGAGUAUAGUCCGUUCGCGGAAACAUGGUGCAUACCUAGUCUAACGAUAUCGUUUCAAAAGAAAAUCGAUGUCAAAACAUAUGAUCGGUACCUGCUAUAAUAAUAAUGUAUGGAUGCGACCCUGCGUCUAUUCGAAGUAGGCUUUAAUUGUCUUAGUCUAAAUGGAAAUUUGUAAAUAGAAAAAAAAAGUUGAUUAAUAAAAAUAAAAUAAUUUGUAUCUCGCCGCGUAUCACACGCCACACCUGUCACAGAAGCAUACGAUCCGAUAAAAGACCUAUUUAUGAACAUCGAACUUGAAUAGAAUUAAUAUCGUGCCGUCCUAACGACCCUACGAUUUUUGUAAAAAAAAAAAUAUAUACUUAAUAUAUGUAAAAACAGUUUUGUAACAUUUCAGAUAUUAACUAAUAGGUACUCAUUACAUACCAAAGAUGGAGAUUAAAAUUUACAAGUAUUUAUAUAUUUAUUGUAAAUGUAAAACGUGCAAUAACUAAUAGCCAGUAAUUUAAUAAAAAUAUAUUAAACAAAUGACUCGAAGAGCGUUGGUAGACAUAAUGAUCGUGUAAGGAGACGAAUGUUUACUAUUUAUUGUGAACUUUAUUUAUCUACACGCAGAAUCGCGAGUGAGCUACUUAACUUUGUCCUUAAUUUUUAAUAUUUAAAAAUCUAAAAAAAAAAAAAACUUUUCGCUUUAUUUCAUGCAGCUUGACAUACGCGUUUUAUUACAACUUAGUAUUAAUAUGUUUCAUUAUUAGGCAUACUAUAAUUUAGACGAAAUUGUGAGUUACCAAGCUCUCUACGCGUCUUUCUGUCGUUAAAAGUGAAAAUAAAAUUUUAAACCUACAGAAGGGCGUUUAGAGUGUCUUAAAAUCGUUUGGUUUAGUUUUAGUCUAUUCUAAAUGUCAAUUUGUCGAUGAAUUCAAAUUAUAUUAUCGGCAAGGGGGCAUAUAGAAGGUGUACGUUUGAUUUUAAUUAUAAUUAUUGGACUGUAGUUUCGCCAUUGAUACGGAUAGCACAAGUCUUGCUAAUAUACUUAAAUUAGUAUUGUCUUUAGGUUAAAUAAUUGUUGUGUUUUGUGUUAUUUUGAUUCAGCAACAAUUUCAACUAUUCAAAACGAUCCAAUACGGAUAUAUUAUUUAUUUAUCAAGAAUAGUUGGGAGUGUUAUGUUGAUGAAUUUAUAACCUUAUAAUAAUAUAAUUUAAUCAAUUAUUUAAUCUCGCGCCGUAGCCAAUCGGAAAAUAUAUUGAUCUCAUUAAUAUCUGAGUGAUAUUUAAAUAUUAUUUUCCAUUUUUUACUACACUGGCUACGGCACUGUUCGUUCAUAGGUUAAUGUCACAUUAAUUAAUUUAGUAUAUAUUCGUGCAAUUAAUUGUAUUUUACUUAUUGUAAUGUAGGUGUGCUUCUCAAUGAUUUUUCAAUACUCAAUUGACCUGAAUUGAUUUAUUUAUUAGAAAAAUGUAUGGGGCGAUUCAUCUGUGUGAUUCCUAAAAUUAUUUCUUUUAAAAAAAAAAAUGUAUGUACCCUUAAUUUAUUGUAGUCUGAAUGUAUCGCUGUACGGAACGAAACAAGAACACCAAGAUAUUUACUGAAACUCAUCGACUUUUUAGAUAAUAAUUAAUGUGAAAAUGCAAAAAAAAAUAUUUUGGAAUGAGUGUUAGGCAGAUAGGUUAGUUGUCACUUACUAAUUUGUUAGUAGAACGAUUUGCAGGUCACCCCUUGUUUGGUAAUAGUUAUUAAAAAUAAUAACAGUGCUCAAUAAUUUAGGGGCCGCAGGUCCGUCUACACUAGAGUAUCAUAAUCGACAAGCAAUAAUUGAUAAUUGUGAAAAUUUUAACAUGUCUGAACGGGUUGCAACUUAACUUUAACUGAUAUUUUUGUAUGUAUUUUAAUAUGCUAAUCAUAUCUUCAUAGUUAUAAGCGGCUGGUGGCAAAGCGUUCUACUAAUAUUGGCGGCGACAAAAGGCUAUGAUAACUUAAAAAAAAGCAUAUAAAAAUAUAUUUUGGUUAUAAUUAAUUAAUAUUAUAAUAAUGUAAUAACAUUAAUUAAUUAUUAUCAUUGCAUAUCUGUUACAUUUUACAACAUUCAUUGCCAAUUUAAAAAAUAAGUGAAAAAGAAAAAAAUGGUUCCAAUAUUUCUAGUUAGAAUAACUUUUAUCAGUUAUCAGAGCCUUUAUUACCCAAUGAUAAGCCGUGUAGGGUUACGACAUAAUAAACAUUGUAAGAACCCCAAUAAGUGACAAGGGAUAAUCACACCUGUUAUCAAUAGCAUACGGCUACUUUUUGAAAGGUGUUUUGAUGCAUUUUUUAUGAAAUUAAAAAAAAAAAGUAAGAAUAAAAAUAAUUGGCGACACAGAAACAAUACUCUAUGCAUAGGCUAAUAUUGAUAUGAGGCUGUGAGUUUAGCAAAAAAUAAAAUAAUCACGUGGCGAUUGAUUGAUUAAAUAAAUAGAUAAUGGUUAAAAAUAAGAGUGAGGUCACAGGGCAAAGAUCACAGGAAUACAUCCACAAAAAAAAAAAAGUUUGAAACUGGCAUAAAAUAAUCUUUUUUUUUUUCUUAAAUUCAGAAAAGACACCAAAUUUAAUUAGUACCUAAUUGUAAGGUCAAAAAAAUCGCAAGCACUUUAGGGAAUACGAGCUGAAAAUACAUUUAGAUUAUUUUUGCUCUGUGGCCAUUCGUGUGAACGCGUACAAAGGUGGAUAAGGCCCUUUAAUAAGUAAAUCAAUUGAAAAUCCGACGUAAUGGGAACAGAUGACUGUCCAGAAAUGGUGAUAAAUAGUGCUGAAGGAUUAAGCAUGUAGCAUUUUCUAAGCAGUCGUAUAAUACGCUAAACGUGUAGGUGGAAUGGCCUAGGCUCGGCCGCGUGCACAAAUCAUAAAAAGCGACCGAAUCGUACGCUAUUCCGAUAAAAUUAAGACCACAAUAUGAAGAAAUGAUAUCUUCCAUAGAGAAUAAAAUACGUAAGUUUACAUUCUGCACGUAAAAAUAUUUCAUUGUCAUUCCAUUUUGAAUUGCAAUCCUCUUGACGCUCCCCGCGAUAUUCUAGUCAAAUGCUCAAUACAAAUGUGGGGUAGUGUAGGGACGCGCGUCUCAUCGACUAUCGAUGACCGAGAUGAAAUAUUUUUCACGCUGUAGAACACUCGAGACAUCGACUAAAUGUGUUACUAUUACUUCAUACGUCAAAAUUCUAUUAAAAUAAAAACAAUUGCACAACGCCCACUUACGCUGCGAAGGCUGUCGUUUUAAAAUUAUUACAAUUUAUAACAAUGUUUGCUCACCACGUACUUCCUGUAUUUUGGAUCUGUUUCUCUAGUAGUAGCUUUUAGAUCUUAUACCCUGUUGAUAAUUUUAUAAUGUAUGGCAUUUCGCAGCACCUACCGCUUCCCUGUAACGCAUUAUCAUCGUCACAAAAUGUGAGAAAACGCACCAAGUAUGAAUUGGAAUUACCUAUUUCUAAAUAGGGUUAUAGGAAAUUCGAUAAAUAUAUAACAAUGAGAAUGAGACAUGGUACGUUUUCUCCCCAUAUUAUCAUUAUAGACAGUGAAAAAUAGAAACCGGAUCGACGAAACUACAAUUUAACGACUCGACCAAGUCCAGUCAACAAAAAGCUUUAUUUACAAGCGUAUUAGCGUCAUAUUAGCUUGAUAGGUCGGGUAAAUAACAGAUUGCAAUAAAUAUGUAAAUAAAAACGGAAUCGGUCCAGCUUCGGGUGAGCGAAUUAAUUAAUAACCAAUAGUUUCGAAUUUAAAUAAAAAUAUCAUGUAAUAUCAAUUUCACUGUCUGUUUAUUAGGUAUUCGUUUUCGGUGUUGAUUCCUCUAAUAACUGCACAACAGUUAGUUCCCAUUGAGUGGAGCGCGCGCACACGAUUUGUACCUGUUGUUUAGUGUAAGAGGUCGAGCGUUCGAAACGCGGCGGCUGGGACGCUGCGUUCACACGCGACGCGACUGACCGUGUGCGUCACGCAAACAGGCCUAAGUUUCUAAAACAAACGCAAUGGGGACGAACCGCGGCGUGCAGAGUAGCAUGUGAUACUCUUAGUUACAUUAUUGUAGUUGUCGAUACUCAUAAUCCCAUUAAAUAUCGAGAUCAGGGAAAGUACAUCACUACAACUUUUCGUGGUCUUGGCGGCAUUUUAACUGAAUCAUUCCAACUUCCAACAGACUCGAAUAAGGAUAGAGAUAAUUAGAAAAAAAAAUGCAUCGUAAGAUAAAUAAGAGUCUCAAAAUAAAGUAUUGAAUAAGUAUUUUACCAACUUCAACUUUAAGGUGUACUAGAACAAUGAAAGCAAUGAUAUUUAUAAUUAAAUGAGAUUAUGGAAAUUCGGUCAGCCAUUUUUCCUCGUUCGUGCUAGCUGACUUCGAUUUGAUACAAAUACGUAUUUUAUAAAACUAAUUUAAAAAAAAAAUAAAAAAAAAAAGUUAAAACUAAGAUCUUCCGGUUAAUUAAAAAUCAAUGUUGAAAUUUCCUUUCGUCUUUUUAUGAUUAUUAUAAAUAGGACGUAGGUGUCUGUGUUGAUCGUAUAAACCGAUUUAGUUAAUAUUGUACCUAAACGUUAGGUAUUUCUAUAUAAUUAUUGUGUCGGUUUAAAUAAUUACCUCUAUUUCAGUAUAGCUUUUGUGAGGAAAAUUUGAGUUGCACAAGAAAUAGUAGCGGCAUUAAGAUCUGAUCACUAAACCUGAUGCACUCUCUAUGUACUAUCAUUUAAAAAAAUGUCCUCUAGUCAAUUUGACAAAAAAUCAUUAAAGCGCAAUAAUGAGUAAGUUGAAAUGGAAAGGGACAUGGGUACAUGGAGAAAUAUAUUCCGAAUAUAAAUCAGUUUUAGUGCGAUCUUAGCCUUAAAUGUUGUUCCCGAUAAUUUGUAAGAUCGUUUAAGAUUUUAUGUAAAGUUUUCCAAAAUGGCGGCAAAGUUGAUUUUGGAAAACUAUACGACGCCGACUUUCUUUGAAGUGCGGAAUAGAAAUUUUUAAAUACUCAUUCCUAAAAGUAAGCAUGGAUAACCAAAAAUAUUUACAUCAGUAGUUACUUGGCUGUUUUUAAGUAAUUUAUUAAUUAAUUAAUAUUUUCACGUAAUUUAUGUGUCUAUAAUUAUUAAUUUAUUGGAAUUAAUUAUAAUUGAAUAAAAAAAAUAUGAAAAAAUGUCACAUUCUCUUUCACUUUAUACAAUAGUUUUUACAAUAUGAUAUUUAAUAUCCUCAAUGGUUGUAACUAUACAUUUCUUGUUCUAAAUAUAUAAAAAACCCGA